AAAAACACAAACAAAAUCAAAAUGCCUGCAGAAAAAGGGAUUUACAAUCCAAAUCCGGCCAUUAGCAAAAAUGCCUACAUCUCCAGCAUGGAGGAAUACAAGAAAUUCUAUGAUGAGUCCAUAGAAAAUCCCGAGGAAUUUUGGUCUCGUGUGGCCAAGCAGUUCCACUGGGAGACACCAGCGGAACCCAAGAAAUUUUUGCAAUACAAUUUCGAUAUAACCAAGGGCCCAAUUUCCAUUAAAUGGAUGGAGGGUGCCUCGACAAAUAUUUGCUAUAAUCUAUUGGAUCGGAAUAUACGCAAUGGUCUGGGCGAUAAUAUUGCCUAUUAUUGGGAAGGCAAUCAUCCCGAUGAUUACUCACGCGGCCUCACCUACCGCAAACUCUUGGAGGAGGUGUGCCGUUUCGCCAACGUCCUCAAGGAUCAUGGCAUCAAAAAGGGUGAUCGCGUCUCCAUCUAUAUGCCCAUGAUUUUAGAGUUGCCCAUUGCCAUGCUGGCCUGUGCCCGUAUUGGUGCCGUACAUUCCAUUGUCUUUGCCGGUUUCUCGUCCGAUUCGUUGGCCGAACGUAUGGUCGAUUGUCAAGCUAAGCUGUUGAUCACCGCCGAUGGAGCCUGGCGUGGUGAAAAACCUUUGUACCUGAAAGCAUUGUGUGAUAUUGCCUUGGCCAAGGCCGAGGAACAAGGCCAUAUGGUGGAGAAAUGUAUUGUUGUGUCGCAUUUGAAACGUGUCACCCCCUGCCAGGAGAAUCAUGUGGAACAGGAUAUACCAUGGACUGAAGAUCGUGAUUUCUGGUGGCAUGAGGAAAUGGAAGAUAAAGAGCCAGCCUGUUAUCCCGAAUGGAUGGAUGCUGAAGAUCCAUUGUUUAUGCUGUACACAAGUGGUUCGACCGGCAAGCCAAAGGGUGUCCUACACACAACCGGGGGUUAUUUGCUGUAUGCUGCCACAACCUUUAAAAUUGUAUUCGAUUAUAAGCCGGGUGAUAUUUACUGGUGCACUGCCGAUGUUGGCUGGAUUACUGGUCACACCUAUGUUGUCUAUGGCCCAUUGGCUAAUGGGGCUUCAUCGGUUAUUUUCGAGGGCACUCCCUUCUAUCCUGACAAUGAUCGCUACUGGGCCGUCAUUGAUAAAUAUAAGGUUACCCAAUUCUAUACCGCCCCAACAGCCAUCAGAGCUUUGAUGAAAUUCGGUGAUGGUUUGGUGGCCAAACACAAAUUGGAUCAUUUGAGAGUUUUGGGCAGUGUCGGUGAGCCCAUUAAUCCUGAAGCCUGGUUGUGGUAUUAUCGUGUCAUUGGCAAGGAGAAAUGCUCCAUUGUGGAUACCUUCUGGCAAACGGAAACUGGUGGUCAUGUCAUUACCCCCUUGCCGGGCUGUACACCCAUGAAACCCGGAUCAGCAUCCUUCCCCUUCUUCGGCGUGAAACCCACUCUGCUGGAUGAGGCCGGCAUUGAAAUCAAAGGUGAAGGUGAGGGUUAUUUGGUCUUCUCCCAACCCUGGCCCGGUAUGAUGCGUACCCUGUUUAACAAUCAUGAACGCUACGAGGAAACCUACUUCUCCAAAUUCCCCGGCUACUAUUGUACCGGUGAUGGCGCCCGACGUGACGCUGAUGGUUAUCUCUGGAUUACUGGUCGUGUGGAUGAUAUGUUAAAUGUGUCGGGUCAUCUUAUGUCCACAGCUGAGGUGGAAUCGGUUCUCACCGAACAUCCACGUGUUGCCGAAUCGGCUGUUGUUGCCCGUCCCCACCCUGUCAAGGGUCAAUGUUUGUAUUGCUUCAUUACACCCAAUGAAAAUGAAACGUUCGAUGCCAAGAUGAUAUCCGAAUUGAAGAAAUUGGUAAGAGAACGCAUCGGGCCAUUUGCCAUGCCCGAUGUCGUGCAACAUGCCCCCGGUUUGCCAAAGACACGUUCGGGUAAAAUUAUGCGUCGUGUUUUGCGUAAGGUAGCUGUGAAUGAUCGCAACGUAGGUGAUAUUUCAACAUUGGCCGAUGAGUCAAUAGUUGAGCAAUUAUUUGCCAAUCGUCCCAUAGAAGGCAAGUAA